UCUUUAGUCAAUGAUAAUAUGCAUUUUGAAGGUUAUGUUCAUUAGCACAGUUUGUAAACAAUAUUAAAGGUUAUUGUGAUGAAAAGAUUAAGUACUCGAUAAUAAUGGCAAAAAGUGAAGAAAAAUGAUUAACAUUUUAUUUUAUGCUUAGAAAUUCGACUGUUGCAAAUUGUCAUUGCACGUAGAAAGCAAUAGUAAAUUUUAUACAAAUUCAUGUGCUACAUAAUUUUAUCAAAAUGUAUUUAAAUUUCAUUAUUACUUUGUGUAUUUUUCACUUAAGUUGUGCUUGGGAGAUACCGGACAAUUUCGCUAAGACAGGUCAUUCAAAUAAUUGGGCAGUGUUGGUCGAUACUUCACGAUUUUGGUUUAAUUAUCGACAUGUAGCAAAUGUGUUGUCAAUUUAUAGAAGCGUUAAACGCUUGGGUAUACCAGAUUCUCAAAUUAUUUUGAUGAUAGCAGACGACAUGGCGUGCAAUCCAAGGAAUCCUAGACCAGCUACUGUCUUUAAUAACAUUAAGCAACAUAUUAACGUCUACGGAGACGAUGUAGAAGUAGAUUACAGAGGUUAUGAAGUUACGGUAGAGAAUUUUGUCAGAUUAUUGACUGGACGAUUAGCACCAGAGACACCAAGAUCAAAGAAGCUAUUGACAGACGAAGGGUCUAAUAUUUUGAUUUAUCUUACUGGUCAUGGUGGAAAUGGAUUUUUGAAAUUCCAAGAUUCUGAAGAAAUUACUAGUAAAGAACUUGGAGAUGCGUUAGAGCAAAUGUGGCAGAAGAGAAGAUACCAUGAAAUUUUAUUUAUUGUUGAUACUUGCCAAGCAAGUUCAAUGUAUGAGAAGUUUUAUUCUCCAAACAUUCUAGCAGUUGCUUCUAGUCUAGUGGGGGAAGAUUCACUUUCUCAUCACUUGGACCCUGCUAUUGGUGUUUACAUUAUAGAUAGAUAUACUUAUUAUGCAUUAGACUUCCUAGAAAAAGUAGAACCUUCUAGUUCCAAAACUCUGGGAGAAUUUCUCAAAGUAUGUCCCAAGCAUUAUUGCUUGUCAACGGUAGGAGUGAGAAAAGAUUUAUUUAGAAGAGAUCCUGAUAAAGUACCAGUCACAGAUUUCUUUGGAUCAUUAAGGCCUAUAGAAUUAACAACAAGUAUAAUAAAUGUUUUGUCGCCCGUGAAAACAAACAAAACAAAAGCUAUCGAACCAGAAAGGAAGUAUUCUUACGUUGCACAAUUUCCAGAUGUAUCAAAAUUUACGUGAUUUACAGAUAUACGAACAAAUACUUAAAUAUUUAAAUAAAGAAUGUAAAACAAUGAAAUAUGUAAUGUUAAUAAAAGAACGUAUUUCCUGAUA